UUUAGUGAGAAUAUCAAAUAGCUAUAGUAAAAUUUGUAUAGAAAGUUUUCAUAUUUUUCGUCUUGAUUUACACUAAAUAUAAAUUAUAAUUAUCAAGGUUUACUUAGUACUCACCAUUGUCAUAAUGAGGUAUUUAUAAAAUUUAUAAUUUUUAUUAGUUUCUUAAAUGAAAUUUAUUCGUUAACCUAUUUUAGUAAGGGGACAGAGUAGUGAGUAUACAAAACACACACAACCUGAUAAGUCAUCUAUCAAAUCUUAGAACAGUCAUAAGUCAUACCUCAAAAGCGAAAAGACAAAAGUACCUAAACUCUAAAGGUUCAAAAUAAAUUUCAAUGUUUUGUUCUAUUUACAUCAAAAAAAUAAUUUUAAUCAUAAAAUGUAUGAAUUUAUAACCGUGAUAUUAUGUAGUUAAAUAUAUUAUUAUUUUUAUAAUUUACAAAGUGUGUUAAAAUUAAAAGGAAUAAUGUCAUCGCCUUUAAAAAGACUAUGCCACUGGGGUCCAAUUGCAGUAUUGGGAAUCAUAAAGCUUAUAACAUGGGCAAUGAUACAUUUAAUAAGUAUGUGGUGGCCACCACAUGUAUCACUAGCUGCUGCACUUCAUUCAAUCUUAUUUAUUACUUUAUCGGCUCUUACACUGUAUUACUUUCUACAGUCACUUCUUGAAGGUCCAGGCUUUGUGCCUAAGGGAUGGAAACCAAAAAAAGAAGAAGAUGUAGAAUAUUUACAAUAUUGUACAGUGUGUGAAGGAUUUAAGGCUCCAAGAUCUCAUCAUUGUAAAAAAUGUGGAAGAUGUGUUAAGAAAAUGGAUCAUCACUGCCCUUGGAUCAACUGCUGUGUUGGUCACGCAAAUCACGCCUAUUUCUCUACAUUCCUUAUGUUUGCUGUGUUAGGAUGUUUUCAUGCAUCAAUUGUGCUAAUAACAUGUUUGCAUCAUGCAAUCAACCGUGUGUGGUACCUAUACAAUGGGACUGGCCAAGAGCCGAUGAUCUACCUCACGCUCACCACACUACUUCUGACGUUGCUGGCUACCGGCAUGGCAGUAGGGGUAGUUCUUGCAGUUGGAGCCUUGCUUUACUUUCAGAUUCGUGGUAUCCUUAGCAAUCGGACUACUAUAGAAGAAUGGAUAGUAGAAAAGGCUGUCGGCAGACGAGAGGAGCAGGGUCUCCAUCCCUUUGUGUAUCCAUAUGACUUAGGAUGGAAGGCUAAUUGGCCCCAGGUCUGGGCUGGAAGUCUCUACGAUGGACUCAGCUGGCCCGUCCUGGACGGUUGCGGGCAAUACGAUCUCACUAUGGAACAAAAAGCUCAGAAGAUAGAGAAGCAGCAGCGAUCUCGUUUGUUUUCGGCAGUUUCGGAGUACUCCGGCCGCUGGAUUCCUAUUUUGUCUUGGCCUCGUGCGGCUCUAUCCGCCCCUUGCACUGAUGAGCCGCGGCUGGCCCUCGGCGUCGGUGACGUCAUAAGGGCCACUCGCCAAAGAAGACAGUGGCUGUUCGGUGAGAAGCAAGUGCAGAUGGGAGAGGCCCGAGCUCCUCGCGGCUGGUUCCCGAGGGAGGCUGUCGUGCCCGCUGAUGAGGUGAAGGUCAAACCUGAUUAGCGGAAUCACACAUUCGUAUGAGCGUUACCAUAGAUUACUAAGUAAUUUAAAUUGCGACUCUAUUGCUUUGUGAUAAGGUGUAUUUUACAAUACAAGUUGGUAUCAGUCUUUCAAGGUUAGUACUAGGGACAAGAUGUGUUUUUGUUGCAAUCUAUUAUUUUGAAAUAUGAUAAAAAUAGCUAUUUCUUUUUAAAACUGCGAUGGAUA